AUGAACCGCAUUAGCGCAUACGUCGGCAGCGGUUCUGGUGAUUUUGGUGGUGCGUACUUCCCGAAUACCUCCCACGAUGUCUCUAUUCAAUCGCGGGACCGCUCAGAGGUAUCGACGCAGCGUCCCUUGCCCCCCGUCAUGCGCGUUCAGCCACUGCACUCACCGUGGCCGCCCAAUGGCACUGUGCUAUUUGCACCACAACAGCCUCGGCUGGAGCAACAGGAACAACGACCCAUUCCACGCCCCGUGCCCCACACGAAUGCGGGGGUGCAGACAGACCCCACUACGGAGGACGCUAUAGCCGUCAAGCCCCUCACUAUUGAACGCGAUGAAACAUUGACAAAGCGUGUACAUUCGCCAGAGCAGACUGAGCCAUCUGUUUCAAGUUUGUGUCCCCCGCGUCCGAAUGGGCCUGCUUCUGGUGAGGCGACACUCUCUGGAAGCGUGCGCAGUGACUCGAAACCGUCCCCUCUGGCUGAGACACGCACAGAUGAAGAAAGGGGUGCUAAACCAUUGGAGAAGACAGGGGCGAGCACCCCGUCAAACGAGACGAGAAACACCCAGCAGACGGUGAUUGCGGCUGAAAACGCAAGGACACCCAAACAACAGGUGUAUAUUUCACCACAGCCGCAGCUUACCAGCGACGCGAAGGGCGUCAUAAUCAGCUCACCUGUUCCCAUACGCGUGCACCUGAUGCCUCUGUCACCACCGCCUGAAAGCAGCGCGGCGUCAGCAACAGCAGCAGCAGCAGGAAGGGGACUAGUGGGUGGGGCGGGUGCUACUUGGGAAAGCGGGUAUGACGACGCCUUGCGGCAGGGUGCUGUUGAUCACAUGCUGCAGUUUCCCCCUCUCACCACCCCCCGCACGGCUGCGUGGUAUUUGCCCACCUCGCGCGUGCUUGAGCCUGCGGAGUUCCGCAACCUCCUGCGCGGCGAUUGGAUGCCGCCGCCGAGGUCCGUGCAGGUGGCAGAGGCGACGGUGGAUUGGUCGCCGCCCGUCACCAGCAGAGGCAUAUCAGUCUCGCCUACUCCCAUCCCCACUCAGGAGGUCGAGCCCACUUCCCCACCUCCACCCGUCGCGCCUCUGGCAGCAGCAGAAACGGCAGCAAUGCCAAGCCUACAUGCCGAGUUGCGCGACCCUGCACCACGUGUGGAGGACUACAUUGUCGAGUUCCCACCUGGACCGGACCUUCCGGUGCCCGACAUGCCGCCGCCCGGGACCCACCGCAAGUCCAAGUGCAGCUGCACGUGCAGUCGGCCGUGCGCGCCGCGGUGUCACUUCUCCCGCCACUUCCCCUUCAUAAAGCGGGGGCGGAAGAAUAAGGGAGGGAACACGAGCGGCUUGUAA